CGUUGCUCUAUACAGUCCAUUACAGCCCAUCACAGUACUGUCGCCUUUACGCUAAGGACAUCCAUUUUUAAAGGGCUCUCGGAAAAUAAAAGCAGAUUUUACAUCAUGAGCCGUUAGGUUUUUACAUGUUUUGUUUUGUGCUUCGUGUUUCGUGUUUUUUUGUGAUAUGUAAUUUUAUCCUGAAAUGUCGGAAGAACUGUGUAUUUCCAAACAUGUCAAGUUUAGCGAAAUAAGCGCGAUGUUAGAGAAAGUUAAGAGCGCAGCCCAGCAGGGAGCCAGCAAAAAGGACGACGUUCUUCGCCGGUACUUUGAGUCAUUCGAACAGUUCCGACGUGAAUUUCAAUGCAAAACCGGAACGAAUGCGCGCUCCAGCAUUUUCCCAAUCCUGCGCUUUCUCCUACCGGCGGCAGACCGGGAGCGUGACUCGUACGGACUACGCAUGCGAUCGCUACGGGACCUCUAUGUAAAACUGCUUGGUCUCAGCGAAACCAGCAACGAGGCACGCAAGCUAGCCGGUUUCGAUGAAUCCGGCAGUGGCACUACCGGGGGCGAUUUCGCCGAUCGCAUCUUCACCCUGAUGCGUGGUCGAUGCCCACAGGAGUGUCAGCUUACCGUUUGGGACGUCAACCAACGGCUUGACGCAAUUGGUGAACACUAUCGCAAUACCGGCCAGCGAACUAAAAUCCAGGAUGAACUAAUACGGUUAGUCGAGGGCUUAACCCAGCUGGAUCAGAAGUGGUUGAUAAGGAUUAUUCUUAAAAAUCUUCGGCUAGGCAUAGGCCAGCAGAAGUUGCUGACACUUUAUCAUCCGAAAGCGGGACUGCUGUUUGAUCGGUACAGCAAUCUAUCAAAGGUAUGUGAAGUGGUGGAAAGUGGGAUAGGCUUAGACGAGGUCAACGAAUCGAAAGCAGAACUUGCCGUCAAGCUGUUCCAUCCAGUGAAACCAAUGCUCUGUCAACGAAUCGAUUUGAAAUUGGUCGGCGGCUUGUUGAAGAAAGAAGAAUUUUGGCUGGAAACAAAGAUGGAUGGUGAGCGGUUCCAGCUGCACAAGGAGGGCCAAGUCUUCAAGUACUUUUCCCGUAACACCUACGAGUUCAGUCACGUUUUCGGGAGUAAUUCGAACCAUUCAGGAUCCACACUAACACCUUUCCUAGCAUCCUUACUGUUGCCAACGGUUCAGAACGUGAUCCUGGAUGGGGAGAUGAUGGUUUUUGAUAAGACCGAACUAAUCUAUCGAGACAAGAGUGAGAAUACCGAUGUGAAAGCUGUCAAAGCGAACAACGCUACUCUAAGGCCUUGCUUUUGUGUUUACGACAUACUGCUGCUAAAUGGUAGAAGUCUGUUGAUGGUACCUUAUGCGGAAAGAGCUCGACUCCUUCGAACGGUGGUGAAGGAAAAGAUUGGCAUCUUGGUGUUUUGUAAACGCGUUAAAGUUAAUAACAGCGACCAUCUAGUCGAGCUGCUGAAUCAGGCGAUAGACGCCCGACAGGAAGGAGUGGUAAUAAAAAAGCAGGACUCCGUCUAUAGUCCCAAUGAGCGAAAUGCCGGUUGGUACAAAAUCAAACCCGAUUACAUAGACAAUCUGGUUACUGAUUUUGAUUUGCUGAUCAUCGGAGGCUACCAUAAUUUCAAAAAGACUUUUGUUAACACUUUCCUCGUGGGUGUUUUAGAAAAGCGUCCGGCUACCGAUGACGAGCAACCAGUCUUUCUGGCCGUCACUAAAGUGGCAAUGGGUCUAUCGAACGAUCAGUUGAAGCAGUUAAACGCAUCUCUCCAACCACACUGGCGCGAAGUACAGUCCAGGAAGGAGGGUCGAUCAACGAUUUACGAGGAGCCUCCUUCAAUGCGAUGGGGUCAAACCGCUCCAAGUGUUUGGCUUCCGCCGAAACAUUCAAUAGUUCUUCAGUUGAAAGGUUCCGAGCUAGUUCGGAGUGGGUCCUAUGGCACCGCCUAUACUAUACGUUUCCCUCGCGUAAUGGCAAUACGGAGUGACAAAGGAUAUCUGGAUGUUUGCACUAAGGAAGAGUUCGAUCAGCUGUGCUCUUCGAAUACUACCGUAGCGAAACUGGCAAAACGGUACGUUACAGCGUCCGAUUUGAAAUCAGAUACCAAUACUGGCAUCCAGAAACGUAAGCGUCCAUCGCCACUUCGGCUUCGUCAAUCGAUCAAACGGCCGAUAGAACCAUGCGAAGAGGAACAACCAAUAAUUGAUCGAAUUUGCGAAGGAUUAGACUUUUGUGUCGCAAGCUCCUCGAAAGGAUUACCUCCGGUAAUCGAGCUUGAGGCAAUAGUUCGACGCCACAGCGGGCGAGUCGUCAAGAAUCCGGGCCCGAAAACGCACGCCGUAAUCGCUGGCGAUCGUACCUUUCUGGUGGAGAAAAUCAUCGACAGCGGCAGGCAUAACGUCGUUUCCGUUGGAUGGCUUUUGCGUGCCUUGGGUGGUGGUGAACCUAGAAACGGCACUCUGCUCGAGUUUAAACCGAACGACAUGCUGGCAAUUACCCCUGAACUACGGGAACGAAUGGCCGAUCAGUUCGAUCGCUUCGGCGAUUCACUGACGGAGAAAAUAUCCGGGCUAGAUGAAAUGCGCGAUCUCUUGAAGCAGAUUUGCGUCAACAAUAUGCAGCUUUCGAUGGCGGAAGUGCGACAAGGACAGGCCGAAAUUUUGGGGCAGAAAUCUGCUCUCCGGUUAUUCCGUGGUAUUGCGGGUCGACUUUAUAAGGACAAUCUACGUCAGGAUACUGACCGAUAUAAGGCUAAGUUCAAAAUGUUAAAAUUUCUCCGUGCCGGUGGCCGAUGGGUUACGGAGUCUUCCGAUGAUUGUGUGUCCCAUGUUUUUGUGUGUAAAAAUGAAGCAUUAGAUGAAAGCCACCUGAAACAGUGGGUGGACAGUUUGGUGAAACAAAGUCUAGAAGUGAGUGUUUUAAAAAUUGAUUGGAUAGCAAACAGCUUGCAACGACAAGCACUUGAUGAAGAGCAAUUUUACAAAGUUUUUUAAUUAUUUAAAGCAGAUUGUGUAAAAAAAUAUAAUUUAUUCAAUUUUAUACCUGUAUGAAACAUAAUAAAAUUAUACAACUAUUUA